AUAAGUAUUAUAAAUAUGCCAGCAACUUCAGGCACUCUUCAUCCAAAGCCAUUCCAAGAGUAUCAUCUGUUUACAAAGACUCCUUCCAAUUCCAUUACUAGCUUUUGUUCAAUUAAAUCUUUGAAGAUGGCCACCAAGAAAAAUAUCACUGCUAACUCUCCUCUUGAGAGGACUAGCUUGCCUUCUCUGGAUCAAAGGUUGGCCAUGGCCAAGCACUGUUCUCAUGAGGGUGUGAUGGCAGGAGCUAAGGCAGCUGUUGUUGCUAGCAUUGCCACUGCCAUUCCUACUCUGGCUAGUGUUAGGAUGCUACCUUGGGCUAGAGCCAACCUCAAUCACACUGCUCAAGCUCUCAUAAUUUCAACAGUGGCGGGGGCAGCAUAUUUUAUAGUAGCUGACAAGACUGUUCUGGCAACUGCAAGAAAGAACUCCUUCAAAAACCUCCACAAUGCAUGAAUUCCAAGUAAAAAUAUAGCUUGGAUGUCGGAUUUGGCUGCAACAUAUUGGGCUAUCUAAUUGCUUAAGCAAUGUUCGUAGGAUCAGCACAUGGUGUAUUGAUAAAUAAAGAUGGAUUUGCAUUUCAAUAGUGAAAGUGCAACAUGUAUCGAUCAUUGUUACUUAUUAUAUUAUAUGAAUGCAAAUCUUUCACUUUUCUCUCA